AUGACCAAGUCUGAUAAAAUACUAACCACUGAAUAUCUGAAUUGGCAUGCCAAAUUAAGUGGGUUACCAAGCAUUUUGACAGAUAAGAUUCGUUCCAAUUUAUAUAAAAGAUAUAAAAAAAAAACUGGAAAUGAGCCAUGGCAAUUAUCAGAAGUCAUGACAAGUAUAUCAGAAAAAUCUCAAGCCUCUGAUUUCAAGCCUAUCACUUUCGAAGCCAAACCUGAUCCAGAAUUAAUUAUCAGAACCAUGUUAGAGCAUUUCACAUACUUGAAAUUCCGAAAUAGUUUCAGAGGAAUUGAUAAUUAUAAUUUUGCAUCAUCUCAGCCGUGGAGCUCACCAUUUCCUAUUUGCGAUGGAAAACAUGGGAAUUAUGGAUUACAUGGCGAAUGGUACUGCGAGAAUGGGAAUCAGUUCCCUUAUGAUCCUGAAUUAGCGAAGUUGUAUUCCCAAGAUAAGUUGGAAUAUUGUCUUACUUGCUUCACUUCAAGCAAUAAAUUCAAAUUCGCGAUUGUGGCUUAA